AUGAGGCGGAGCGGCGGGCGCAACGAGGCGUGGGAUGAGACGCCUCCAGGCCAACCUGCAUGCAAUGCUGGGGGCGGCAUUCAACGUUUUGCAGCUUUUCGCAUUGCCCCUUCUCUUUCACUAUUUCCCUUUUCCUUUUCUCUUCUUUUCCUUGUCUUCCCCCCACCCCCCUUUCCUCACCGCAACGGGACUGCGCCGCUGCUUGUGACGCGCCGCAGCGCCACGGUAGCCACCAGAGCAUUCCGCACCAAUCGUGCAUCCACUCCUCAAGCAGCUGCGGUAGAGCGGGAGGGCGGCGACGGCUACGGCAUGGAGUACUCGACUCAGUCUCUGUGCAACUCCAUACGUGCCGUGCUUGCGGAGCGCGGCAUACGCCACGCCCGCGUCAUUGUUGACUUGCUGCCAGGGAACGAGCGAGCGGACGUCGACGGCACGGACGGCGGCAGGAGGGGCGGCAAACGAGACGCGCCGUCCACCGACGUGAGCGUCAUCGUCAACGGGUGGGAGCAGGUCCUGCUGGUGGAGGGCGAGCCGGCACAGCAGCCGAUGGAGCCGCAGAAAAUCCUCCCGCCGCCGCGCGCCCACUCGCCGUCUGGGAACGUCACCCCAGCAACGGUCCCCCUCGUGGGCGGCGGCGACGCGGAGGAGACACGAGAGCACGACCACCACCGCCAGCCAGCGCAGCAGCAGCAGAGGGAGGAAGAGGAUCUGACGGCGGGGGAGCUGGACUUCACCGCGCGGCCGACGGAUGCGCAGAGGCGGGGGAGCCCCGUCGCCGCGCCCUCGGCCCCGCUCCACGCGGGGCCCCCCCCGCAGGUCGCCGCGUCGAGCGGUGCGCCCGCUGAGAAGCGGAUCAGCGAGGAGGCGCCGCAUGGGCCGGCGACGAAGUCGCCCACCUCCGGCGGGGGGCGGCCGUCGUUCGGGCGGCAGGCGAACUCCCUCUCGUCGGACGGGCGCCGGGACGCGAAGGGGCAGCCGGUGUUGCCGGCGGUGCCCCCCGCCUCCGCCUUCCGCAAGACGAGCGUCGUGCUGGUGGAGCAGCAGAGGGCGGUGACGCCGCCCAAGCGAACCACGCCGUCUGGUCCCACGCCCGUCUUCAGUAUUCUCAACACCGAGCACGGCGAGCAACUCGACCGCACGUCCAGCAACAGCAGCUCACGAAAGAUCAGUAGCGUGAUGUUGGUGGAGUCGCCGGCAGUGGAGGAGUUAAAGCACCAGCCCCACCACGCUGAGGCGGGGGAGGACGUCCGAACCUCGAGCAUUCUCGUCAACGCGACGCCAAAGCAGGAGUGCGUUGACUCGAAGUCUGACGGCGCCGGCGGGGGCGCGGAGGUGCGGUUUCCCCCUGUGGGGGAGCAGAGCGGCCACGCGUCACAGAACAGCAACAGCAACGUCAGUGGUGGCGGCGGCGGCGGCAGAAUGACUAAGCCUGCCGCACCGCAAGUAGAGGCGUGGAAGCUCAACAGCAAGCAGCGUCUGCAGGAGAUGCUCCAGGAGCAGCGGGAAAUGGAGCAGGAUAGUAUGAUUGGUCGUGCGAAGCACGAGGAAAUCCUUGGGGAGGCAGAAAAGUUUUUGCAGGAUGUGGAGCAAAGGGCAAGGGCAGCCAAACACGAGGGAAGGGAUUCGCCAUCGCUGCCGUUCUUGCGGUUGCGUACCGGUCCGGCGUACUCUAACUACGCGGGGGCGCACGGCACCUCCCCCCGCUGCCAAUCCCCCUCGGCAAGCAGCGCCGCCAGUACAAGCGGCAUAAGGGUUGUCAAGUUCACGAUGCCGUCCGGCGGAAAGGCCAAGGAGGAGGUGAUAAGCCAGCUGAGCACCAGUCAGGGCGGCUCCCAACACCUCAGCAGCAAGGACAAGUAUUCCAUGCUGCUGCGGGAGCAGGACAAGCUACUGCGGCAGAAGGAGGAGGGGGAGGGGGACUACAAGAAGCUGGUGGAGCAGGCAGUUGCGUACCACGAACAGCAAAGGGCACUGAAGCGGAUGCAGCAGGAGCAGGAGUGCGAGAAUGGGACUGGGGGGUCCGCGUAA